UUGGAGCCGCCACAACAGGGAGGGAAUGAGGAUUCGGUUAUUCUGUUUGUAGCCCGGUCAGGCUUUUGAGCGCCGGGAGGGAUUUUCCCACGUAUGGAAAAGGGAGUGGGGAGAGGGAAGAUGCUCCCCUUCAGUUUUCCUCCAUCUAAAUGUGCACUUUGGAAUCCAUCUCCUACUGGAGAAAGCACCAUCUCUCACCUGAGUUCUCAUAGAAACCCAAAGUUGAUCAUGGCUGAGAAGACACUGAGACUUGCCCAUCGUCAUGCUAAGCAAAGUCGAAGAAAACCAUUCUCCUGCUUUCUAGUUGCAACUCUUGCCAUAGAUGAAGAUAAUGAGGGUGUAUCACUAACAAUAGACCGUUUUGAUCCGGGUCGUGAAGUAACUGGUAGCUUGGGGAAAAUCCCCUCGGCACCUCUUCCUGGAGACUUUUUGAUUCCAUGUACAUUUAAUGCCUGGGGAUCUUCAUCAGAUGAUGUCAUAGUGCACAGGUCUGAAGAUUUCAGCUUGGCUUUUAAGAAACUGCAACAGAAUCUGAACAGCCAAGAUUCUUUGGAGCCUUCCAAUAUGUUGACCUUAAGAGUUCAUAUCUCUUCAACAGAGAAUAUGGAUAACCUAAACUUUGACUUUCAUUGGGCAGCUGUUACAAUAGGCAAUGCUUUAAAAUACUCUCCUGUGAAGCCUGUUCCAAUAAUUCCGACAGCCCUUGCAAGAAACCUAAGCAGUCACAUAAACAUUUCACAGGUGCAGAGAACUUACAAAUGUGGAUACCUUACAAUGGACCAGACCAGGAAGUUACUUCUAGUUCUGGAAACAGACCCCAAGGCUUAUAGUUUGCCACUGAUUGGCAUCUGGUUGAGUGGAAUAUCUCAUAUCUACAAUCCACAGGUCUGGACCUGUUGUCUACGCUUCUUAUUCAGCUCUUCAAUUCAAGAGAGGGUACUUUCAGAAUCAGGCAGUUUUCUUAUAGUCCUUUAUUCAUCAAAGCAUAAAGAUCCAGAGUUUUAUGAAUGCCUCCCCUGUGGUGGACAUACUGAAUUAUGUUUCCAGUUACUUACAAACAAAGAAACUUUACAUCGGUUCAAAAAUGUGGAGCCUUCAGAUAGAUAUGCUGUUCAGUUUGAGCUGAAUUCAGACAAUAAAAAUUCAGAAAUGGAGUUCUUCAGCCAAAUUUUAAAAAAGAUUUCAUUUAGCAGCCCAACUCAAGGUUCUUCUCCAAGUAAACUAUCUGUCAGUGAUCAUGAUUCUGGUGUGGAAGAUGAUGCAUCCCCGCGGCCAUUUCCCCAUCCUCUUCCAGUGAGUCAACAGAUGACUAAGAUCCAGCCUUCAGUCCCUGAAUUGUCAGUUGUAUUUGAUGGUGUAACUGCAGAAUCUAUACCAAGGUCCAAACAUGGAAUGAUCAUGCAAACAAAAAAGCAGCUUUCAUUUGGACAUCAACCUGGUAAUAUAACAAGUCCCACAGAGCAUCCACCGUGCCAACUUCAGAGUUCUGAUAAUGGGAAGCAAAUUUUUGGUUCAUGUUCCAAGAAACCUUCUCCAAGGCAAUUGCCUGGCCAAUUAAAGCAGAAAAAUCCAGUUUUAAAAUCUUACAAAGGAAUGCAGUCACCACCUCAAGAGCAGGCUGGUGGAGUUGAGUCUCAAAGAAAGAGUUUUGGAUCUUCCUCUUCUUCCUCUUCUUCAACACCUUGUAGUGGUUCCUCACCCAACACUUCAUCUCAUCAACUUGGAAUACCUUCUGAAAGACACUUGGCAAGUGAUGAUGCUAUGGAAAGGAAUGGAAAAUUUCCUAUCGCUGCAACCUCAUCAUCUAAUACUCCAAUAGCUUCACAGCAUCUCUGGCAUAGCUGUGCGUUGUCACCUCAACAUAUAAGGCCACCAGUGGAUUUUCGGAUACCAGUUCAAGGUCCACUUUGCUGUCCUUCCUGUGUCUGCAACUGUCAGCUAUGUGGCCACAUGCAGUACAGUCCAACAAAUAUUUGGCAAGGGCUGCAUAAAACAAGUUCUAGUCAUAGACCUGAAAUCCAGUCAGGCAGUGCCCAAGAGAGUACACAAUUAAUCUGUCAAAGUAUAGAAUGUACAAAUACUGGCUGCAAUCCAGUAUGUGCCAAAAAUUGCCACACAAACUUAGGCCAUCAUGGAAUAAUGGGAAAUUCUCCCUUUGGUGAUAACGUAUCAGCUAUAGUAAAGAAUCCUUCCACUGUUGACUCUGGUAGUACACAGUCCCAUGCAGUGUAUUCAGGAUGCAUGCAUACUACUGCACAAAAAAUGGUAUCAGAUAAUGAAGUUAUGGGAUUAUCAUCAGAUGUUUAUAGAAUUCUUUCUGAACAAGACAGACAGAUCAAGCUGCUGCAAGCUCAGAUCCAGCGGCUUUUAGAAGCACAGACUCUUCAACCCUGUUCCACUAAGACCAUAGCAAACAGUAGUGUACAGUCUGAGAAGCAACUAGAAUUUGUUGCUAUGGAAACACAAUCUUCUCCUGGGUUACACAUGAAGAAAAGUGUCAGCAUUGCAGUAAGCACAGGUGCUAGCUUGUUCUGGAAUUCCCCUUUGGAAAAGAACAAAGACUAUAUGAAAGAAGAUGAUGCAGAAACUUCCAAUGAAGAAAUUUCUGAGAUUUCUAUGAACACUGAAAAGAACAAGAGUCAAACAAGCAUUGCCUCUUCAUUAAAAGCUGUUGAUAUACCCAGCUUUGUAGAUAGUCUUCAUGUUGCUGAAGAAGCACUUUGUCCGACCUCUGCUGGAUUCUGUGCACCAGUUACCAAAGAGAUGCCUCAGCCUUCACCGCUGAGUGAAAGUGUUAGCAUGUGCUUACAAACCAGGCUGUCAGGGGAAACUGGCCAUCAUGUGGUAGCAAUUAAUGAACAAAAUGUAGAACAUGUCAUUCCUUCCCUGCCAAAUGUCCCAACAGAUGAUCAGAAAUUUUACAAGGAUAUAUUGGGCCAAGUAAACCACUUCCUAAAAGAAUCUUCUGAAGAACACAGUUUCCCAAUAAAAAAGGAGCUGAUCAACAGUGAAUGUCCUGCAUCUUCAAAAACCUGCAAGACAGAGAGAUGUUUAGUGCCUGAUCCAGUUCUGAGAGAUAAUGAUAGUGUUCUGACUGCAACGUUGAAGCAAUUAAGAAAACUUGGAAUUAAUCUUGACUCUACAGACAAGAUGAAUAGUACACACAAAGUAGAGAAUGCCAGGUAACUGGGAAAAAUAGCCUUGCUCUAACAAUCUAAGAAGAAAAAUGUCACAGAAGCUAGAAUACUCUCUAAUUGGCUGUUAUUCAUUUAUUCUGAGCUGUGUACACUUCAGCCUUUCUUUCCUAAAGAUAGUUUCAUCAUAACUGAAGAAAACUACAAAAGGGCAUCUAAAAUGGUUGAUUGGAGGUUCAACUUUACAGCUUUAGGGGAAAGGAAUUAGUGAGUUGGGGUAACCUAGUCAAGUUUCAUAAAAAAAGAUUAUGUAGUGUAGAAUGAACAGAGAGUACUCCUACAAUUGUCACAAGGGCAAUUCAUGUUCUGCUGCACAUGACUUGACAGUUUUCUUGUAAAAUGAACUGUUAAAGAUGCAUGGAAAAAAACACUCCUAUCCAUUCAUCUGCACAUGUACUAAUAAGACAUUAGUAGAUAAACUGGUAGAUCAAACCAAGGAGCAGACCACUUUCAAAUAGCCCACAGUUCUCAUAGUGAUGCAUGCAUGUCACCGGAAUGGUGGUGUUCACAAGCUUGUUAUAAACUACUAUAGGAUAGAACUUAAGGUUUCCGGUGCCUUAUUUGACAACUUUAAAUCUCCCUAAGAUCCUUUGGAGAGUAGGGUAAAAUACAAAUGAGACAAACAUAAUGCUACCUUUUCCUGCCCUUUGAUUCUCUUUUAUGGAUUGUUGUUAUAUCUGUCUCACUUAUUCCCAGUGAAAAUGACUCACAUCAUUAAAGAGGUAUAUAUCUUUCACAUAUUCUUACAGAUAGGUUUCCUUGUCAUCCAAACAAAAUUCUCUUCCCCAAGCUCUGACAGAAAGGUUUGCUGUUAAGAAAAGUAUAGUGUAUAGUCAUACCAUAUAUUCUUCCUGAAUAUAUGACAUGUUGAAUAGCAUUGAGGACAAAAUUGACAAACUGAGAAACCCCAUACUGUAGAGUAUAUGAGUCUGAGAAGUAUUUGCUAAGCACAACCUUGUGGAGUCAGCCAUCCAAGUUGGAAUGGAACCCCUGCAAUACAGUAUACCCCACUCCCAAUCCAGACAGUCACUCCAGAAGAAUACCAUCAUACUGAUAUCCGAAGCUGCUUAGAAUUAGUACAGGAUUUAGUACAAACUUACCAAAGCUAUUAUUGAAUGAAAAUUUGGCUUAAGCCCAAACUAAAAUGGAUCUAGAUUAUCAGUCUUCUUCAAGAAUGCUUGAUGCUGGUUAUAUACCAUCUGUUGAAGGACCUUGCGCAGGAAGGGAACAUUUGCCACCAGCCAAAAGUUAUUUGGGUCCUCUGGUUCCAGAGAGGGCUUCUUCAGGAGCGACCUCACCACUGCAUCUUUAAGACAGUGUGAGACUGUUCUCUCAUAAAGAGAUACAAGAUUCCCCCAGCUAGCUUUCACAAUCCAAGAGGGGCAAGGAUCCAGUAUGAAUGUGGCUACAUGAACCAUUCCAAACACCUUGUUAGCAUCCUCAAGCUAUACCAAUUGAAACUCAUUCAAGAAAAUUGGUGCUCUGGGAACCUUGCCAGAUUCAGCUGCUGCAAAAUUGAAGUUCUGGCAGAUGCAAGAGAUUUUAUCCUGAAUGUGUGUCACAAAUAUAUUAGAGACAGGUCUAAGAUAUCUUUGACUCCAGCAUGUAAUAGGCCAUGGGUAACCCUGAAGAAUUCCACUGGGUGGCACAGGAUUGGACAGAGGCAAUGUUGUUUCUUCACUCCCCUCAGUGGCCCUAGAUAAAGCUUAACCUAAGCAUUUAGCAGGGCUCAGUUUAGGAGUUUUUCUCCAUCUGUAGUCAAGCCAUUUCCUAUAUUGCUUCAUUGCUUUUAGCGCCAGCAUAAACCAUGGGGUCACACAAGCUAUACUAUGAGCUCAAGAGUGAUCGUGUCAGCUGCCUAAGGCAUUUUUAUAUUCCAGGGAUCAAGCAGGGAUUUGGGUUUUUUUUCCAAAAAAAAUCUAGUUGGAAAAUCCCCAGUUGCCCUCUGGAAACUAUCCAGCUUGAUUGGCCUUCAGGGCUGCAUGAUUUUAAUAAGCUCUGCAUUCUUGCAAAGGGGAAAAGUUGCUGUAAGACUAAAUCUCAACAGGCUGUGAUCAGACCAUGACAAAUAGUCUGAUUUGAAGUCUCCUACUUUCAAAUUGCUUAUCACCAUGCCUAACUGAAUAAAACAAAUCCAGACAGUGUCCUGCUACUUGUAUUGGGCUGAUAACAUGUUGGACACUGCCAUGGUUGUCAUGGGUGUCCAUGAAAUCCUGGGCUACCCUAGUUAAGGUGUUCUUGACACUGGAAGUUUCAACAUUACAACCAAUGCCACCUCUAUUAGCUUAGAUAAAGUCUUUUGAGAAUUGGGGUGGGUGGUAUACUAAUAGAAUCACUAACCUGCCCCACUUACCUGAUGCAAACUACUCCAGACUAGUAGUAGAUGGACAGGGAGCCCGGAGACAGAGAAUUCCUAUAUGCCACAACAGUGCUCCCUCCCUGGCCCUCAGGUCUUCCUUGAGCCAAGUGCCCCAUUGGGCAUAACUCCUCCCUAUUGCCCACCUAGCUAUUGCUGAUGUUUGUCAGAUCAUCUGCUUCAUCCACUAUUAAAUCAUGGAUAAAGAAGGUCUUUUUUUGGACUGAUCUGGCAUUCAAAACCAUAUUCCAGAGACCUGCAACUGAUAGGGCAACCAUCACACAUUUGGAUGUGAGGAGAAUCAGAACACAGUACAGCUGUUAACUGCCUGGAAUGUGUUCCCUUUACCUGACUAGCUUUCCACCCAACUCCAUAUCUUCCUCUACCCACCACUGUACUAAUUGGUGUGGGGGCACAGAUUUCCCCACAUAGCCCUGUUUCUUCCCUCAAAGGCACAUGUUCAGGCCCUUAGGAUGGAACUUGCCAUCAAAAGCUCUGAGCAGCCUAACAGGCAACAUGUUAUGGGGGUGGUUCUUGCCCUUUUAUGACCUGACAGGUAGGUGAAAUGAAUUGCAGUCUGUGUUUCUAUUUCCAUA